AUUAUAACUUCGAACGAACUCCCAUCACUAGUUAGUUGGCAGUAAGAGUUAUUAAUUUGGUUGCAUAACCAUUAGCUGAGAUUUCAACCUUUGAGAAAGUUCUGAUUCUCAUUUCGCCUCAAAACCAAACUCAGACCUUAAACUUGGUUAGCUUCAUCUGAAGGAAUCGGAGUCAGUUACAUUAGUGAUUACCAAUGAGCACAGUCGGCGGUAUGCACGGAGGGGGCGGCGACGGGGCCGGGGGAGAGGGUAGAGGCGUGGUGGGGAGUGGCGAUAUUCCCAAGAUGACGAGUGCCAACAUGAUAGUGUUGCUGUUGAUGCCGGCACUGAUCGUCGCCAUCUUCAUGAUAUGUCUUAUCUACCUCAGUGGCUGCAGGUGCAAACUCGGAAGUCAGAAGGGUUACAAGACCAAUCGGCACUUUCCCUCAGAAGACAAAUGCGUCAUCUGCUUACGUCAUCUCGACUCGGAUAAGAUGUCUGAAACCCUUUCGCUAAGUGCCGAAAGCUGCAGUCUUUUCAACUUAUCAAGUCCAACUCAGAGUAAAAACCACGGAUCCCUUACUAUCAACAACGAACUAGAGUCCAACAUUACUAGUGGCGGGGGUGACCCCUCAAACAGUGCGGCGGAGGGAGUGAUAACGUCGGGCGGAAACACAGUCGAGGGACCCGGAGGCACUCGAAAAUCACGGUCUGUAUCUUGGUCCAACAUGUACAAACAGAGAAUAUUCUCAGCCACCGCUUUGUCAGGGAUAGGCAAGCACAAAAAACAGAGAGUGGUCCAGAUGCGGAACUGUUCACACUCCUAUCACAGCGACUGCAUCAAACAGUGGAUGAAGAGCAAUAAUUCUUGUCCCCUCUGUAAGACCAGAGUGAACAGUCGCAUGUUGCUAACAUUCCAUCCCCACAGCUCGCCUUACUUUUCAAUUGUCACCGUCUGACUCAUCAAUUCCGACCAAUCCGAUUUAUUCCAAUUGGAAGACGACGACGAUGAUUACCGAUUUCAUGUGAAGGUCGUAAUGUAGUUCAAAACUCGCACAACAUUCUUUAUGAUUACUUGUUCAGUUGUAGUAAUUUAAUUUUUCUUUUUAA